GUUUCCUGGAGACAACUUCCGGUCCUGAGGCAGGUCAAAAUGCUCGCUUUGCGAGGGUUACAGCGGCUAAAGCCGGUUUUAUCUCUGCAUGGAAAUACAACUUUAAGAACAAUAACUUCACACGACAUCCAACAGAAUGACGUCAUCCAACAGAAUGACGACAUGCUCGUCCGGAUGGAGAACCCCUUCAAAGAGCCGCAGAAAGGAUGCCUCCUCUGCAACAUCUCAGUGGACUUCAAAAACACUCAGCUGCUGUCUCAGUUCAUCUCUCCUCACACUGGCAGGACCUACGGGCGCCACAUCACAGGACUGUGUGGGAGGAAACAAAAGGAAGUGUCGAAAGCCAUAAAGAAAGCUCACGCUCUUGGUUUCAUGUCUGUGACCCACAAACAUCCUCAAUUCAUGAGGGACCCCAACGUGUGUGGACUCAGACCGCUGGAAUAAAAUUAGACUGUUUAUGAAAGAUGAAUAUUAAAGAUGACGAGUGUUUAUUAAAGAUGAAUAUUAAAGACGACGAGUGUUUAUUAAAGGUU